AUGGGAUGGCAAGUGCUGUUCUUUAUCUCAGUGCUUUCUCUCGAUGCAGUACAAGGGCAAGUCAGCUAUUCUAUUCCCGAGGAAAUGAAUAAGGGGGCUUCAAUAGGUAAUAUAGCCCAUGAUCUAGGAUUAGGAGUGGACAGACUGCAGUCCGGUAAAGCUCGUAUUUAUAGUGGCAACACUGAAGAGUAUAUAGAGCUGAAGCGAGAAAGAGGGGUGCUUCUUAUUAAAGACAGAAUAGACAGAGAAACGCUAUGUGGUCAAACAAUGCAAUGCGCACUCCAUUUUCAAAUGAUCCUGGAAAAUCCAAUGGAGUUUUACACGGUGACUGUUGAAAUCACGGAUAUAAAUGACAACCCCCCAACAUUUGAGAGAAGUGAGAUGAAAUAUGAAAUAUCCGAAUCAGCUCUUACCGGAGCUCGAUUCAUCCUAGAAAAGGCUAUCGACAAUGAUGUUGGUGUAAACGGUUUGGACAGCUACGCCCUAAAUCCCAGCGAUAAUUUCGUUUUAAAAACCAUCAGCCGAGGAGAGGGGACUAAACACAUCGAAAUGGUUUUACAGAAACCACUAGACCGAGAAACGCGUGAGCAUUUCUCAUUAAUACUAACCGCUCUGGAUGGCGGUGAACCACAGCUGUCAGGGACAAUGCAGAUUACCAUUACCGUGUUAGACGCAAAUGACAACGCGCCCGUUUGUUCAAAACCUGAAUACACAGAAAGCGUUAAAGAAAAUGCAGCUAUUGGCACCGUAAUUACAACUGUAAGUGCUACUGACAUGGAUAAAGGAAAUAACGGAAAGAUUGCAUACGCGAUCCCAAAGUCCGCCGCAUCAAAUCUGUUUGAUAUCGAUCCUGAGAGUGGAGUAUUGGCACUGAAGGGAAAAAUAGAUUAUGAAAAACGGAGAGUUUACGAGAUUGAUGUGCAGGUGUCAGAUCAGGCGGGACUCUCCGAUGCAUGUAAAGUGAUAGUGGAAGUGAAAGAUGAAAAUGACAACCCUCCAUCGAUUAAUAUUAUGUCUAAAUCAAACACAGUGUCCGAGAAUAUGAAGCCGGGAACGGUCUUAACAAUGCUAAAUAUACAGGAUCCCGACUCAAAUGAAAACGGAAAGGUAAUGUGUAUUUUAAAUGACAACCUGCCUUUCGCCAUUAAAUCAUCGAGCAAUAAUUUCUUUACUGUUGUAACAGACAGUGAUUUAGACAGAGAGAGAGCAUCCGAAUAUAACAUCACUGUGACCUGCUCUGAUGAGGGAGUGCCCGCCCUCUCGAGCAGCGUCACUCUCACCUUACAAAUCUCAGACGUUAAUGAUAACGCACCUGUCUUUGAGAGGAGCUCAUAUGAGGGCUACAUUGUGGAAAACAAUACGCCAGGUUUCUCUAUAUUCACAGUCAAAGCCACAGACGCUGAC